GUUGCUGUGAGUAGAUGGUUUUGAAAUGUUCAGUAAGUACUGCAGUAGGUGAAAUUGCUUAAUGGUUUUAUUCAACAUAAACACAUGAAUAACAUAUACGUGUAGUUCAUUGUCGCAGCUGGUUAAGUUUAUUAACGAAAACAAAGUUUUGACAUGAUACGAAGGGCUGUUGGAAAGACUUUGGGCUUCGUUGGAUAUACUAUUCAAUAUGGUUGCAUCGCCCACUGUGCUUUUGAAUACAUUGGUGAACUUGUAACGUGUUCGGGACCUUCUAUGCAGCCCACAAUUACAAACUAUGAUGUUGUUUUUUCAGAAAGGUUAAGUCGUCAUUUUUAUCGAAUUGAAAAGGGUGACAUUGUAAUUGCAAAAAGUCCAAGUGAUCCGAAGAUGAAUAUCUGUAAAAGAGUAAUUGGAUUAGAAGGAGACAAAGUCUGCACAAGCAGUCCAUCUGAUAUUUUUAAGACACACACUUACGUUCCAAAAGGACAUGUAUGGUUAGAGGGUGAUAACCUCAAGAACUCUACAGAUUCAAGAAGUUAUGGUCCAGUUCCCUACGCCCUCAUAAGGGGUCGAGUUUGCUUUAAGUUAUGGCCUCUGGAAAAAUGUGGUAGUCUACAAGAGAGUCCAAAUGGGCGAAUUCUUCGAGAUGACUGAUAGAUUUUCCAUUAAAUAUCAGCAUGCUAAGUUUAGGAAUUAUAAAAUGAUGUUUUAACUGUGUUGCUUUUUA